AAGCCGUCGCCUGUGCUUUUGCAGAAACCCUGGAUUGUUCAUCUACCUCUCUUUAACAUCAUGGCUACGACUGACUGGGCUCCGGAUGCGUUUGCUUGCCCCAUAUGCUUGGACAUCCUUAAGGACCCUGCUACCCUUCCCUGUGGACACAGUUACUGCCUGCUCUGUAUCCAGAAGCACUGGGAUCAGACAGCAAAGAAAGGGUCCUAUGAAUGUCCUCAAUGCAGACAGCAUUUCAAACCAAGGCCCGUCCUGGCCAGAAGCAACGUGCUUAUGGAAGCUCUGGAGAAGCUGAGGCUGAGUAGUCAGGACGGCCUGGACUCAUCUGUCUCUGAGAGUCCAGAAGCGCUGUCCUCUUCCGAUCCGGUGGGAUCCUCAGGAGCUCCUGCGUCCCAGACCGGACUGUAUCCCUCUUUGCCCUCCAGCUCUCCGCAGCUCUGCCCGCUCCAUCAGCAGGUGCUGGAACUGUACUGCUGUGAGGACAGACAGUGCAUCUGUGACGAGUGUAGCUUUCUCGAACACAAAGGCCAUCGGGCGGUGCGUCCAGAUGAAGAACGACAGAAGAUUCAGCAAGAGCUGAGGAAAGUGAGUGAUCGGAUACAGGGGAGCAUUGCAGACAGAGAAAAGCUUAUUCAGAGUCUUCCUCAAGUCUCCCAAGCACACAAGAGCUCAAUGCAGCAGCUGCUGAUGGACAGUCAGGCGGUGUUUGCGGAUGUGUUGAGGAGCGUUGAGCUCAGUCACUCUCAGGUGCUCGAGCUUCUUCAGACGCACCAGAGAUCAGCCAGCAGCCGCGUCGAGGCCCAUACAUACAGCCUCCAGCAGGAGAUCAUCAGCCUGAACCAGAAACAAGAGGAGCUGCGGAGACUGGACAGCAUCCAGGACCCCAUCACCUUUCUGAAUACAUUCAUGGCCGUGGAUACUGUGGUUCAGGCUGAAAAUGCAGCGAUGGAGAUCUGGAGUCCAGAGUCUGUGAUAUCCGGGGUCAGACUGUGUCUGGACGCUUACAGACAGGCCGCGCUAAAUCUUACCAAAACCAACCUGGCCAGCAUCUUUAGAGCGGUCAAUGAUGCAGUGGCACAAGUGCAUUCAUCUGGUCAGUCGUGUGAUGGAGGACUGGUCUCCAGCAAUCCACAGCCGCCCUCACAAAACACAGUUACAGAAGUUAAGUCUGAGUCCGUGAAACCAGAUGCUAAACGCAAAGUCCAAGCUUCCUCUACUGCAACACAAGAACAUCACAAGAAACAAGCGUGUCCCUCUGCCAGUGCAGUGGAGGCAUCAGCAUCCUGUUGUGUGUCAAGUCCAGCACCUAAAACCAGAGAGGAAAUGCUCAAAUUCCGCAUCGAGCCCACGCUGGAUCACAGCAGUGCUUUCCGUCACAUUCGUCUGUCUGAUGGAUACCGCAAGGCGACUCUCUGCGCGGAGAACCAGAAUUAUCCGGAGCAUCCGGACCGGUUCAUGUUCUGGAGGCAGGUGAUGUGUGUGGAGCCACUGGCCGGGAGCCCGUAUUACUGGGAGCUGGAGUGGACGGGACAGAGGGUGACGGUUGGCGUGGCGUAUAAGGACAUGAAGCGCUCUGCAUCGGACGACAGCGCCAGGCUGGGUCACAACCCACAGUCCUGGAGCCUCUACUGGUCCGGCAAGGCCUUCUCCUUGUGGCAUGAUGGGAAAGAGACCGCGCUGGUCGCUCCCAAAGCCAAACGCAUCGGGGUUUAUCUGGACCAGCAGAACGGCGUGCUGGCAUUUUACAGAGUCUCGCACAAUCAGGCCCAAGAGAUCUGCAGCGUGCACACGCACUUCGACAGACCUCUGCUCCCCAGCUUCCGCUUCUGGUCUGGAGUCGGAUCCUCCAUCACUGUCUGUGAGCUCAGCUGAAGAGAAGAAAAGAGGAUCAGCUGUUAAACAUACACCCCUACUGCAAUCUUUAUCUGUGUACAACUUCACCAUGAAAAUAAAA